AUAAAAGGUGAAACUAUAGAAAUAAUAGCCAGGAAUAUACUGAGGUUCGCAUAUAGAGACUAUGAUAACGAUGUUAAAAGAAUUGGAAACCAGAAUAUUCGCCUUCGUUCAUGGCUGCGGCAGAUAUAGUGAGGAAGAGGUGGUCAAUGCCAUAAAACAAUUAGGCAAGGUACACAGAAUUAGAAUCAAAAAACACUACAAAUACCAAUCAGUAAGAGCGGACAUUUCAUUAUUGGAAGAUUAUGAGACAUCCUUCUUAAAUGGAGCAUGGAAAGAGAAAGUGCUAAUAGGAAGCAAUGAUAAAAAUAAAAAAGUCAUUGACGUUCAUUGGUUCAAAGGAGAUAGGACUGUUAAAGACAUAAAAGAAAAAUGCAAGUGGAAAGCUUACAAAGUAAUAUAUGAAGAUCAGUUGAACAAUGCAAUCACUCUGGACGGCGGAAUCACAGAUCAAGCCUGGAUUAUUCACAGAAAACGUCAAGAUGGUGCAUCGAAGAAGUCCACAAAAGAGGUUCUUCCGAGGGCGCUAAUCAGCACGGUCCCGAAUAAUAAAAAAGAAGAGCCGAUAAUAACAACCGUAACGUCACCAACAAUUAUCAAAGAUAUAACCACGGAAGAGGUAGUCGAUACCGUUAAUAAAUAUACUAGGAAAAACCUGCUGAGUGAAAAGCAAGUAGAAACAAUAUCGCCUCCGCUAAAAGAUUAUACUUCUCCAGAUAACGUGGUUAAAGUGAUUGAGGAGUACCGAAAAGAGAUAAUGGUCGAAUACGAUAAAGUGACGUUACCAGUUGAAGACGACAACAAGAUAAAAGUCUACGAUGAAAACCACCUGCUGAGUAAAGCUAGGAUUUCUUUAUUCGAAAAAUGCGUCGGCGACAAAAAGGGGAAGAAGUCAGAGCGUUCUACAAAUGGAGAAAAAACUGUGUCUCCGAUAGAAUUACAUGAAUACAACAACUGA